CCGUAGUUUGGUUGGCGGAAGUAGUGUGACGUCUUUGCUUUCUUUUUUUUCAUGGCGAAGAUGGCUUGUGACAGACAAGCAGUGGAGCCGGCAAAUUCUAAGUGGUUUAACUUACUGGAACAGUAUAGGAAUUAUAACGAGAGUGACAAAGAAUGGAAAGCAAGAAAACAGUUUAUCUUCAAACACAUCCAUUCGUAUCCUGGACCCCAAGUGGAUCGGCUGUUAGCUUUAUCAAUGGUUUUUACCAACCAUGUUUUCAUGGGGUGCAGGUACAAUCUCAGUCUUAUGGAGAAGGUCCUGGAGAUGGCUGAUGGUAUUGAUAUUGGGGAAAGACCAUCAUUCGAGUUGGUACCUGGUGCUAAACCACAGAAACGAUCAUGUUCCCCAAGCAGUGAUCAGAAACCUUCAAAAAAGCAGAAUACUUCAAAGUUUCAGCCAAGACCUCGAUUUGAGCCUAUGCACUUUGUUGCCAGUAGUACUGCGAAAAAGGAAGAUAAUAGUGCUGUAAAGAAAAGAAGCGUUUUUGAUAACUUUGUACCACAGAAAGAAACAACAAAUAGUUUUAUUUCUACAAAGCAAGAGGAAGAAGAUGUUGAUGAUGAUGAUUAUACAGAUUGUGAUAUGGAUAAUUACACAGAAUAUCACACAGAAUUGGCAGGAUCAUCAUAUGUCCCUUACCAGAAUUCAGAUUUGUUUGUUUAUGAUUGUACAUUUCCGGGCCAAGAUGAUUUUCAAACUUUUGAUGACCAAAAAAGCAACUUUAUGAAUAAAUUAAAAGAAGAUUACACUGCAAAGUUUGAGGCUCAUCAGACGGCUCAGCUGAAAGGUCAGAAAAUGAAUCCAGUCAAGCAGGUUGUAGGAGGUGGUAAACAAGGAUGCACGGGUUUGGGGUUUAAAGACAAUAAACUGGUAAAUGCCACUACAGCACAGAAAGUGACAUCAACCAAUAAAAAUGAUGCAAGUUCAUGCCAAAUUUCUACUGCAGCCUCCGCAUCCUCCAGUUUCUCUCAGGCAGAGAUUGGAAAGAAGAAAAACUUUAUUGAAAAGCUGUCAGCAGCCAUUGCACAAAAAGUUGCUGCAGUUGUUGCAGGUCUUGAUAAUAAACCCAAUUACACAAUGCUUCUAGCUUCUUCAAUUCAAGCUUGUCAUACCAACCCAGAGUACAUUUAUGUCAGUUUAAAAGAAAUCCCUCCUGCUGACCUUCCAAAAAAGCGGCAGCUUCCAGCAGAUGGCUAUGCUUGUGAACUGCGAUGUAAUGGUAUGUAUUUAUCUACAGGAUAUUCUGGCAGCAAAAUUGGUGCACGGGACCGAGCCAUGGAGCAAGCAGUUAAACUUCUGCAGAAGUCUGUGGGUGUUAAAGUUGUCUGUCGAAAAUCAAAACUAACAUACAUUGAUGACUUGGUAGUAUAUCAGAUAGGUGCACCUUUGCGUGACUUCCCCCCUGCACUUAAACAGGUUGAUAAAAUAAACAAUAUGAAAAGCAAUAAGGCUUCUGUUUACGUCCAGAAAGACUUGCAGUCUGAGGAUCAGACUGGUAAAAAGCCAUGGGAUAACUUUAUCCUUAAUGAAAAUGCCUCUGAUCCUAUUGGUGUCAUGAAUAAUUCAGCUGCAUUUAACAAAAUGACUAUUGAAUAUAAACAUGAAUUGUUGCCAACACUUAAGUGGCGUUGCCAGCUUUAUUUACAGGGUCAUCUGUUAGCUGAAGGCUUUGGUUCAAAAAAGUAUAGUAAACAGGCUGCUGCUGUGGAAGCAAUAAGAAUCCUUAGAAAGGUGCAGGCUUCUAAACAGCUAGAUAAUGAUGAUGAAAGUCCUUUCAUACAGACAGUAGGAAGUGCAUGGAAGAAGCAAGAAAAAAAAAUUGAUCUUAGAGACAUACUGAUCUAUGAAAAUGCAACAAAUGCUGUGUGUACACUUAAUGACACAGCUCAGUUCAACAAAAUAGCUGUAGAGUAUAGAUUCAGCAUUGUGUCAAAUCAGAAGUGGAAAUGUGAUGUGUAUUUGGCAGAUCAGUUUGUUGCAUCAGCAGUUGGGAUUAAGAAAAAUGUGAAACAUAGUGCUGCUGAAAUUGCAGUAAACACACUCAAACAAACACAGCCAGUGGUAAAAGCAAAUCUCACUAAAGGUUUAUCAAAGCAGGCAAUUUCUCGAAAUCAGAUUAUUGGUCGCUCUACUGAAGAAUCAUACAAGCAGCAGAUAAAAGAAGACAACAUUGGUAACCAGCUUUUAAGAAAAAUGGGUUGGAGAGGGGGGGGUUUGGGUAAAGAAGGAGAAGGAAUUGCAGAACCAAUUGCAGUGAAGGAACAGUUUACAAGAGAGGGCCUUGGGCUAAUCACGGACAAAGCUGGAAAAAUUACUAGGCGAGAUAUAGAAGGAAUUAUAAGGAACUAUGCUUCCUCAAAUAGUCAGGAAGAUUUGACUUUUGCUAAAGAACUUACAAUUGAAGAGAGGAAGCAGAUCCAUCAAAUGGCACAGAAAUAUGGCCUUAAAAGUAAAUCAUAUGGACAAGGAAUUGAUCGUUUUUUGAUUGUAAGGAGAAAACAAAACAAAGAGGAGCUGAUCAGCCAGCUUAUGCAAGAAGGUCAAGCCGGAUGUUAUCAACUUGUUAUGCCACAGACAUUGUGGUAAAUUCAUGUAUGUCAUGUUGAUAUGUAGAGUCAAAACAAGAUGUUUUAUAUCUUGAGUUAUAAUGCAUUUUUACUACAUGUUGAAGUAUGCUAUAAAUUGACUUUCUAUCUGCAGCUAGUUAACACAUCAUUGAUCUUACAACACAACUGGUUUAUGACUGUGCAGUACUGUUCAUAUUAUUUGCAAAGAAAAAAGUAUUUCCGGUUAACAGCUUGACAUCUUAUCACUUUAAUUUGGUAAAAUCAGUGUUAUGUUGUGGAAUGCUUACAAAGGAGCAAAUAAAUGUAGGUUAAAAAAGGAA